GAGUAAUAGUAACAGAGCAGUCUGUUUGUGUGUGUUUGUGUGUUGUCGAAGGGUGUGUCUCCGUCAGUGUGCGUGUGGGCAGUAAAAAGAGGAGGUCUCCAAGGCGAACUGAAACGAGUUUCUCCACCCAUCUGCACAGAACGCUCCUACCUCUCCGUAGGCCAAAUCUGCACACUAUCGUGUGCCCGCUGGACUUCACGCUAACGCCGUCUCAUGAGGACUUUUCUACGACUUCCCCAAACUGCACCGCGGAAGUCCUGAAACCACAAGCGCCAGCCACAGGAAUCUGUUAGGGUUUCCACGGGAGAUUACUUGCCCAGUUUGCGUGAGUGUGCGCGUCCGUGCGUGGAGCUCUACAGGCCUCUGCUGUUUUUAUUUGUCGUUUAAUGAUGUAUCAAAGCGUGAAGAAGCUCUUUUUUACGGACUGUCAUUGCGCUGACGAUGCGUCGAAGGCGUACGAAGAGUUGUUCGCCAGGCUGGACGCCGACAAGGAUGGAAAAGUGGAUGUGUCCGAGCUGAAGGCAGGCCUGGCCGCUAUGGGCAUCAAAAGCGAGGAAGGGGCACUUCAGAAAAUCAUCUCUGCUGGAGACCAAAACAAAGAUGAAGGGCUUGACUUCAGCGAGUUCUCAAAGUACCUGAAAGAACAUGAGAAGAAGUUGCGACUGACCUUCAAGAAGUUGGACAAAAACAAAGAUGGUCAAAUAGACAUCAUGGAGAUAAAGCAGUCACUUGCUGAUCUGGGGCUGGAGAUCUCUAAGGAGCAUGCAGAAAAAAUCCUUCAAAGUAUUGAUGCGGAUGGCACCAUGACUGUGGACUGGAAUGAAUGGAGAGAGCAUUUCCUGUUUAACCCAGCCACCAACCUGCAGGAGAUCAUCCGCUACUGGAAGCACACCACGGUUUUGGACAUUGGUGACAGCCUCACCAUCCCAGAUGAGUUCACAGAGGAGGAGAAGACGACAGGUCUGUGGUGGAAGCAGCUGACAGCAGGGGCUGUGGCGGGCGCCGUGUCCCGUACAGGAACCGCCCCUCUGGACAGAAUGAAGGUCUUCAUGCAGGUGCAUGCUUCCAAAAGCAACAAAAUCAGCCUGGUUGGAGGCUUUAAGCAAAUGUUAAAAGAAGGGGGGAUGACUUCUUUGUGGAGAGGAAAUGGUAUUAACGUCAUGAAGAUUGCCCCUGAGACGGCCAUAAAAUUCAUGGUUUAUGAACAGUAUAAGAAGCUGCUGUCCAGUGAACCAGGUAAGGUGAAAACCCACGAGAGGUUCAUGGCAGGAUCGCUGGCUGGAGCCACCGCACAAACCGCCAUCUACCCCAUGGAGGUGAUGAAAACCCGUAUGACACUGAGGAAAACCGGACAGUACUCGGGAAUGUUUGACUGUGCCAAGAAAGUCCUGAAGAACGAGGGAGUGAAGGCAUUUUACAAGGGCUACAUUCCCAAUAUUCUGGGCAUCAUCCCCUACGCUGGGAUAGAUCUGGCAGUGUAUGAGAGCUUGAAGAACUUCUGGUUGUCCCGCUAUGCCAAAGACACUGCCAAUCCAGGGGUUCUGGUGCUGCUGGGCUGCGGUACCAUUUCCAGCACCUGUGGGCAGCUGGCCAGCUAUCCCCUGGCUCUGAUUCGAACCCGCAUGCAAGCACAAGCUUCUGUUGAGGGCUCAGAGCAGCUGCCAAUGAGCGUGAUGGUAAAGAAGAUUAUGGAAAAGGAGGGCUUCUUUGGACUUUACCGUGGCAUCCUGCCCAAUUUCAUGAAGGUCAUACCGGCUGUCAGCAUCAGCUACGUGGUGUAUGAGUACAUGCGGUCCGGACUGGGUAUUCAGAAGUAGUCAGCAGAAUCCUCUGUGGCUGCAUGUGUUCAUGAGUGGAAGAAGAGAUGAAACUUUUUAUUUUUAAAUUUCAAAAAACUCCCCCUUUUUUGUAUGGUCUUUAUCAUUGUUUACCUGUAGUCCACCAAAGUCUGGACUCAAACAGCUGCAGAUGGAACCUUUGCAGAUGCGAUCGCAGGCCUUUGCUCAUACGAAGCCACUACUGUUAAAGUGUUUAGAAAAUCCUGCACUGCUAAUGCAGGGCUGACAGUAAGAUCGCUACAAAGUUUCCAAAUGUUGGCUGUGUUUACUAUGCACUCCUAGCUCACUUUGGAUCAACUAAAUUUUGGCUUUGAGAACCAAAAUACUUUAUAGGGUUAAUUUCUUUUAAUUGUUGAAUAGAAAUGCCAUUAUUUGUAUUUCAGGGUCUUAUUAUGUCACUCUACCAGGAAUAUGUCACAUGUCCCUCUAUUUAACCAAAAAGCAACUUUAAACAAAAAGUCCAAGAAUUCGCCCACUACAUCUUCAUGCUUUUUGUUGUCUUGUCAUAAUCAACAAUUAGACUAAAGGCUGAAGUCAUAAUUUUUCAAGUUUGUGUGGCAGGGAAUCUUUCACAAAGAAAUCUGAGGAAACUAAAAAAAAAAAACCCAAGUGCAAUACUGUAUUUACACACUCUGUGACAUCUGAAAGAGGGCCGACCUUUUAGGAAUGGGUUUCAUCUGAGGGUCAUUGGUUCAUCAAAGGGUCUUUUUAUACAGGACACAGAAUGAGAAAUGUGCCUUAUGGGAUUUUUUUUUUUCUCUGAUAUCUGUGGACUUCAGCACCCAUGUUUUCUCUUGCCUUUCUUUCUAGUAUUUGUUUAAUAGGCGCUGGUGUUUACAUGAAUAAAUUUAAAUACGAAUGUGAAAA